AGGUGUUGCCUGUAAACCAUUUUUUAAAAUUGAGACCAAUUUAAAAAACCGCAAAACCUGCCCUUUGGCUCUCUUCCGCUAUAGAAAAAAAAAUUGUUUCAAAAUGAACAAUAAUAAGGAUUCCUGUCCCUCUUGUGAAUCUAAUUCCGUAGAAACGUCUAAUGAUUAUGAUACAUGGCUUCAGUGUGACGCGUGUCCGUUAUGGUACCACGCCAAAUGUCUCGAAAUCAAAAAAGUUGAAAUUAUUGAACGAUUUCAUUGUCCUCAAUGUAUUGGUAACCAUGGCCCAAGCACCUUUAAACCAAAGCAAAGAAAAUCAAAUCGAAGCCAUGAUAGGUUGAACUAUGCAGAUUUAAAUGAAGGUACAGCAGCUGGAGACGAAAGGAUUUGGGGAAAGCUACUUCGUGUCAAAAAGUUUCGAAAGGAUCAUUUUAAAAGAUAUCAAGCAAAAGAUGUAAACAUGGAACUUUUGAGAAAAACCGGUAUGAGAGAACCUUUUGUGGUACAAGAAAAUGAGCCUGAAUUAGAUAUGGAAAUGCCGCCAUCUGAUGUUACUGUUCAUACUAUUGCUGAAUUGGUUGGAAAAGACACCUUGAUAGAUGUGAUUGAUGUUGCAUCGCAAUCAGAAAUUCAUGGCUGGACUUUAAGUAGAUGGGCUGACUAUUUUCAUACUACUGACAGAGAUCGCAUCAGAAAUGUCAUUAGUCUAGAAAUUAGUGGUACAGACUUUGCAAAACAAAUAACGAGACCCAAAAUAGUACGUGAUUUGGAUUGGAUCGAUCAGGUGUGGCCAGCUACUGAAACCGAACAUCCCAAAGUUCAACUAUACUGCUUAAUGGGAACAAAAGAUUCGUACACUGACUUUCAUAUUGAUUUCGGGGGUAGUUCUGUAUUCUACCAUAUAUUGCGAGGUAGUAAAACGUUUUACUUUAUAGAGCCUACCGACAAAAAUUUAAAAAAGUAUCAGAGAUGGUCAUCAUCCUCAGAACAGUCAACUACUUUCCUAGGUGAUCUAGUUAAGGACUGUUACUCCGUAGAGCUUCAAGCGGGAAAUACCAUGAUUAUUCCAACAGGUUGGAUCCAUGCAGUAUUUACACCAGAGGAUGCAAUUGUAAUAGGUGGCAAUUUUUUGCACUCACUCAAUACGAAAACACAAUUGAAAGUGUAUGACAUUGAAGAAGCAACAGAUGUGCCCAUGAAGUUUAGAUUUCCUUACUACAAAAAAAUUAAUUGGUAUGCUCUAGAAAAAAGUGGUAUUCUACUUGACGAGAACAAUCAAUUAUCCAAAUUCGAAUACGAAAGUAUUGUUGAAUUGGCUCGAUUUUUACGCCAAGAUCUUACCAAAGACAGUACAACUAUCAGAGCGGAUGGAUCUAUCAGUCAUAGUAAUAGAAAAUUGCAUCAGGUGCCUGAAACUAUUCUCAAUCCAAUUGCCUUAACGGAACGUGUGGAGAAACUUGCUAAAAAGGCUCUGGAAGCGUUAUCAGAAAAACCAAAAAAUAUUAUUCGGCUUGUUCUUAAUGUCACUAGGCCUAAAGAACUUCCACAAAUACCGCACCCGGAUGACUAUGAAUAUGAAAAUGAAGAGGAUGAGGAGGAUGAGGAUAUUGAUGAAGAUAUUGAUGAGGAGGAUGAAGAGUAUCAGGAAGAUUCAAACGUGAUAAUUGAACACAAUACAUUGACAUCCGUCUUUAAUAAUAACGAUCAUGUGAUUAAAUCCGAAAAGAAAAUUCGUAAAAAGAAGAAGAUAACUGCCGUAAUGGAUCAAAGACAGUAUGAUAGUAGUAGCGAUGAUGAAGAUAGUAUGGGUACUACUAAAUCAAAGAAAAUUUCAUUGUUUACAAAUCGCAAAAGGUCUUUAUCCAACAACUCUAAUUCGUCUCAACCUUCUACUGCUAAGCAAAGAAUAUUAGGCAUGAUCAAUAAGAGAUAUUAAUGAGCCAAGUAUAUAAUAAAAGUUUAAUUUCUACAUUUCUGUGAAAGAAUCAAAAAU